AUACAUUCUUGUAUCAAUAUAUUCCACAUGACUUAUUAGCAGGAAUAAUUGCAGGUCAUUUAUAUUAUUACUUAAAAGAAAUAUAUCCUGUAGAUGGUGAGAUAGGAUUAUUAAAUACUCCAAGUUGGUUAUAUAGAAUAUUCCCACGAAUUUCAUAUCGUCCACCAAAUUUACACAAAACAGCGAUUUAUGUUAGAUUGGUAUUUUUAGAUUGGGGGUUAUUUGGUUUACUUAAUUUAUGUAAUAUGAUGAAUAUCAAUCGUCGGAAUAUCUAUGAUUUAUGGAAUACCUUUAAUUUAUAUCAUAUCCUUGGUGG